CACUGAAAGCAUCGUAUCUGGUCGCUCUCGGGGUUGCAAAAAGUAAGAAGCCCCAUACCAUUGCAGAGCAGCUUAUAUUGCCAGCAGCCAUAGAUAUGUGCAGAGCUAUGGUAAGCGAAGAAUGUGCCAACAAAUUAAAAACUAUUCCGUUGUCAGACAACACAAUCGGAAGACGAAUUGGGGAAAUGGCAAAUGAUGUCAAAGACCAGCUGAUGGCAAAACUUCAGACAGUUCUGUUUUCCCUUCAAAUCGACGAGACGACAGAUGUUACUAAUGAUGCGCAACUGUUAACAUUUGUGCGAUACGAGGACAGUGGCACUAUGUGCGAGGAAUUUCUUUUUUGCAAACCACUGCCCGGGCGAACUACCGGUGUAGAAAUAUUUAAAGCACUGGACGAUUUUUUCACGGAGCACAAUAUCUCGUGGCAGAGGUGCGUUGCAUUAUGCAGCGAUGGGGCCCGAGCCAUGAGUGGCAGCAAGACUGGACUGUUUGCGCAUGUAAGGAGGGUGGCUCCGGGGGUAAUUUGGACACACUGCCUGAUUCAUAGAGAGGCUCUCGCCUCCAAAGAUCUCAGUGUUGAGCUCAGUGGUGUGUUUGAUGUCGUUGUCAAGACGGUCAACUUCAUAAAACGAAACGCAUUGAAUACACGCCUGUUUUCAUCCCUAUGCCAUGACUUGGGAAGUGAACACAGCUCUCUCCUUUAUCAUUCAGAGGUGCGUUGGCUGUCUCGCGGCGCUGUGCUCGCCCGUGUGUUUGAACUACGCGGAGCUAUCUACGAGUUCUUGUGCGAGAAGCAUUCUGAUCUGGCUUCCAAUUUCAACGAUAGUUACUGGUUAACUAAGCUGGCGUACCUCACAGAUGUUUUUGCAGAGCUGAACAAGUUGAACAGCUCCAUGCAAGGGAGAGAUGCAAACGUCAUGCAGCUCUACGAGAAGCUCGACGCAUUUGUGAAAAAAAUGUCAAAGUGGAUCGAACGAGUGGAGAGCAAUAACUUGGCGAUGUUUCCUUCAGUUGAGGAAUACCCUGACAGCACUGACAUCAACGACACUAUAUGUGAGCAUUUGAGGAAGCUUGUGCGUCAAUUCGCAAAGUACUUCACUGAUUCGGAAGAGUGGCGCCGUGACAGCAAGUGGAUCCUGCUCCCAUUCAGUGACGAUGCAUCAGUAGGGUCAAGUCUGACGGCUGUGGAAGAGGAUAAGCUGAUUGAGAUGUCCACAGACUCUGUCAGGAGGCAUAUGUACGACACACAGCCCCUUGUUAAAUUCUGGAUAAGUUGCCAGACAGAAUUUCCACAGCUUGCUGCAAAAGCAAUGAGGUGUCUUUUGCCCUUUCCAACCACAUACCUGUGUGAGAGUGGUUUUUCUACACUGGCUAGGCUUGAUCCAGAGAAUGACAUGAGACUGUCUCUGUCUACCAUUUCGCCACGAAUAGACAGGCUGUGUGGACUUCACCACGCCCAGAUAUCACACUGACAGCAGGUGAUUGGUGACAGGUCUGUCCUGGCUGGGUUAUAAAAGCCCUGACCAGCCAGCAGUUGAGGCUGCCUUGGUCUUCAUUUGUUGGAUUUUGGUUCUCCGGUGUUGUUGGAUUUUUGUUCUCCGUUGUUGUUUUGUCACACACCUAGACUGACUUUGCAUGACAUUUUUAGUUACUUUUCCCAAUACUGAAUUGCACAACACUUUAUUAUUCUUUAUUCUUUCUUUAAAAUAAUCUUUAAUUUAAUUUAAUUUAAUAAAUCUACUUUUAUUAUUAUAAAAUCUGCGUGGCCUCUCUUUCAUGUUUCAUGCAUUGAGCUAUGCAUGUAACACCAAAUACACACGCGCACGCGCAGGCACAUCAGUGGGCCGCGGAUUGCUUUCUAGUCCGAAUGGUGGUCCCUGGGACAAAACCAGUUGAAAAC